UUUACAGUCUCGUCGUUGCUGCGGCGGCGGCUGCACCUGCAACUGCAAUACGGUCCCGGUCGUCCUCUCAGAGCGGUGGUUAUGAUACCAAAUCCGAGGGCUAGACUUGUAUCAAGUGCCGAUUUCGGUUGCAAGUUUCUGAUGGAGAAUCGAGCUCCGCAAAAGGAUUAUCUCCAUUACAAUCACACUGAUCGCUGCAGAAAUGCUAGAUGGACCGCCAGGGAAAGCUACCAACUCAUGUAUGGAAGGCCGUGGCAAGAAGUGCUUGAUUUUUAUUUUCAUGCUGUUAAUGGAAGAUUCUCUCCGUCCUCAUUGUUUGGAACUGAGGUGAAGACAGUUCAUGAUCAUAAUGAUGCUGAGAUUCCAUUGAUUUACAACACAUCAGAGUUAAAUAGAGCUUCAGUUAAAGAUAAGACUGGGAGGUGGGCAAGGGCAACAUUUAAGAUUGUUCUCUCCUACCAUGGAAAUUCUUUUGAUGGAUGGCAAAAGCAGCCAGGCUUGAAUACUGUUCAAGGUUUGGUAGAAAAAUCUCUUGGGAAAUUUGUAGAUGAGAAGAAAGCUCAGCUGCUGAAAGAUAGAUGCUUACCACUAGAAGGAUGUGCUGUGGUUGCUGGGCGCACUGACAAAGGGGUGACAGCUCUGCGACAAGUUUGCUCAUUCUAUACUUGGCGCACGGAUGUUAAACCUCUAGACAUUGAAGAUUCGAUCAAUAGUGCAGCUCCCAGAAAACUCAGAGUCUUGUCUGUUUCUCAGGUGUCUCGUAACUUCCACCCAAAUUUUUCUGCUAAAUGGAGGCGAUAUCUGUAUAUUUUCCCUCUCAAAGAUGGAGAGAAUAUGGAACCAGAUUUCGCAAUUGGAGAAGACGCAGAAAACUGUAGAGAAGAGGAAAAUUAUAAUAAAAUUGAAGCCUUGAAUGGUGAAUUCAAGGAUGAGAUUCUGGAUAACUUGGUCCUCAGUCAAAAUGAGGAGCUUGCAUCAGAUGAUAAGCCUCAAACAUUUAGUGUAAGGAGGGUUAACCGACUACUAAGGAAACUAGAAGGAAAGUUAUUGUCAUACAAGAUGUUUGCACGUGACACCAAAGCAUCAAGAAAUGAAGGUCCACCUACCGAGUGUUUUCUUUACCAUGCACGAGCAGUGGAAGCUAGACUACCAUGCUUGGAUCAAGGAGUAGGAAGAAGUGUUAUGUGUGUUGAGCUGGUCGCUAAUCGCUUCUUGCGAAAGAUGGUGCGGGUGCUUGUUGCGACAGCAAUCAGGGAGGUAGCUGCUGGUGCAGGAGAGGAUGCAUUAUUAAGGCUGAUGGAUGCCACAUGUCGACGUGCCACCGCACCUCCUGCGCCUCCUGAUGGCCUCAGUCUUGUCGAUGUAGGUUACUCAGAAUUUGAUCCACAAAACUGCUUCAUUUUAAACGACUGAUAUUUUUUCCCCUGGCUAUUUCUGACCCAUUUGAUUGUUGUUGUAAUCUAAGUACCUUCUAAAUUUCUACAAUUAUAGAUAUAGUUAUUGAAUAGUGUUAGGAGAAAUGUUCUGUUGAGAGUUUGAAAGUUAGUGUGCAUUUUAUCACUUUUUAGGUGUUUGUAUGAGGUUGGGGCUCAUUUUUCUACCAAUUUACAACUAUUUAAGAGCGUGUUUGAGAGUCAUUUUACUUUUGUCGUCAAAACGACUUUCAUUUGAAAUGAUGAUGUUUGGCAAGUAAUUUUGGAAGGAUUACUUGCGGGAUAUUGCUGA